UUCCAUGUUUUUUGCUAUAAGAACAUAGACAGGUUCUGUUAACUUGCGGUGCUUUAGCUUUUCUUAUUAUUUUUUUCUUUUGAUAAUUCCGAUUCCGAGGUAAGGAGAUUUUGCAAAUCAUGAGCUCACAUCAGUCGAAAAAAGUUAAAAUGACAUCCACUUUGGAUCAUUUGAAGAAGUACACUACCAUUGUUGCUGAUACUGGAGAUUUUGAAGCCAUUAAGGCUUACAAGCCUACCGAUGCCACCACAAAUCCUUCGCUGAUUCUUUCGGCGGCAAAAAUGGAGCAAUACAAGAGCAUCAUUGACAAAGCCGUCAAACAUGGAAUCAAGGCUGGAGAAACUGAGGAGGAAAAACUAUCUGAGGCUAUGGAUAUGCUUUGUGUUUUGUUUGGAUGUGAAAUCCUCAAGAUUGUCCCAGGUCGGGUAUCCACCGAGGUAGAUGCUCGUCUAUCGUAUGACACACAAAAAAGUAUCGAAAAGGCUCUUAAGUUAAUUGGACUAUACGAAGAGUUGGGAGUUUCAAAGGACAGAGUACUCAUUAAGCUCGCCUCAACUUGGGAGGGUAUCCAAGCGGCUCGAGUUCUUGAAAAGGAACACAAUGUUCACUGCAAUCUCACAUUGCUGUUUUCGUUUUGCCAAGCUGUGGCUUGUGCAGAGGCAGAGGUAACCUUGAUUUCGCCAUUUGUUGGUCGCAUCUUGGAUUGGUACGUCAAGAACACCGACAACAAAUCAUUCGAGCCCGAGAACGAUCCCGGUGUAGUGUCGGUAACAAAAAUCUACAAUUAUUACAAGAAGUUCGACUACAAAACCGUAGUCAUGGGUGCAUCUUUUCGUAAUACCGGUGAAAUCAAAGCAUUAACUGGAUGUGAUUUGCUUACAAUCAGUCCAAAGCUUCUCGAGGAGCUUAAAGACAGCGACGAGUCAGUGGAUAGACUCUUGGAUCCAGAGAAUGCAAAGAAUGUUCGUUUGGAGAAAAUCUCGCUGGACGAGCCAACUUUCCGUUGGAUGUUAAAUGAAGACGUUAUGGCAAAUGAUAAACUUUCCGAGGGUAUUCGUAAUUUUGCUAUUGAUUGUCGUAAAUUAGAGGCUGUACUUAAGGAAUUAGUACGCGCAGCAAGUUCUUAAAGGGAAGAAAAUAAUAAAAUUAUCAAGAUUGAAAUGAUUGAUAAUUGAACUUAUUGUUGUUUUGUUUUUCAUUUUCUCUUUUGUAUUUUGGGUAAAAAUAAAUAAUUUUUUGUAAUCCUAA